AAUUCUAUUUGCCCCGAAAUUAUUAUUGUGGUAACAAGUAGGUGCGAAACAAGAGUCAAACAUUUCAAACUAAAAGCAUAUCAAACGUUAUUAAAUUACUUGCAUUAAAAAUUCAUUAAAGUGAAAGAAAAUGUUUGCUGGAAAUAUGGGCUAUCUGCUAGCUGUAACUAAUGCGAUUACUUUAAAUCGCUUUUCGACGUUCAACCCUUUAAUAAGGUAUUUUUCUUCUCAAAUAAUUAAGCCCAAUAAAUGGUGGAGACCCGGUACUGAAGAUUCUGCCAUCAAUGAGAUUAGACCAUAUAAUAUUAGUUUUUCUGAAGAGCUCGUGAAAGAUCUAAAAUAUAAAGUAAGAAAUAGUGAAAUUUUUGUGAAACCAAAAUUGGAAAAAGAUCGUAAAAAAGAGAUGAACAUGUACACUUUGUGCACCCUUUUACGUCAGUGGGGAUAUAAUUAUAAUUUUCAGGAACGCGAGAAAUAUAUAAAUAGUAAUCCACAUUUUAUAACUAAUGUCCAAGGAUUAGACAUUCACUUUAUUCAUAUAAAGCCACAUGUGAAGAAAUGUAAUGUCAAAAAGAGAUAUAUGCCAUUGCCAUUGCUACUUUUACACGGAUGGCCAAGUUCAGUAAUAGAAUUUUAUAAAGAUAUAUCAUUAGAAAAGUCGCGUGAAAUAAUAAUACCUUCCUUGCCUGGAUUUGGUUUCUCUAGCGCACCAACAAUAUCUGGUUUUUCAUGUAUUGACAUGAGUGUGGUUUUAAAAAAUCUUAUGUUGAAACUUGGUCAUGAUAAAUUUUACGUUAUAGAUGACCGUCACGAUGCUAUUAACAGCUAUAUUAUGUCGAUGUUAUUUCCGCAACACGCGUAUAAAGAUUAUAGCAUAUUUGGAUAUAACAACGCAUAUCGAGAAAGAGAUUACUUUUUUUCGGAAUUUACUAAAAAAAUAGUACCAGUUGAAAAACUCUUAAAAAAAUUCGGAUACCUUGAGGAUCAAGCUUCAGAAAUAAACAAAACUGAUAAUGUUUCAGAAAUAAACACAAUUAAUAAAGCUGCAGAAAUGAACACAAUUGAUAAUGCCUCAGAAAUAGACACAAUUAAGAUUGAUUUAAAGGAUUCACCAGAUGCUUUGGCAGCGUAUUUUAUGGAAAUAAUUUUGAAUCGACCAUCUUCUAAAGCCUACCUCACAGAUGAACAAAAAAUGCAUUUUUACAUGGAAACAAUUGAUAAUUUAAUGAUGUAUUGGGCACCACAGUGCAUAAAUACAGCGAUACAAGUAUAUGACGAACAGUUUAAAAAUCUGCCAAAUGAAUUUUUUAAGCUAUUAAACAAUUUUUAAUCUAUUUCUGCAAAGGUCUUCCACUUUUAAUGGCAUUGAAAAAAACAGUUCCUGAAUUCCUUGGAUGUUAUAUCAACAUAAUUAAUUUUCACUAUUUGAA